AUGGCUCCUCUGGGGCCGCCUGUCCCUUUUUCUGAAGACGGCCCAGCUUUCUCACGCAGCUCUUCCUCGUCGUCACUUUGGAGUGUAGGAAAAGGGAACCGAGGCGAAACGCGUUCCAGACCAGUGGCUGGUAAGAAGUCUCAUCAGCAAAGCCGCGUGCCUCCUCGUCAGAAAGGCCGAUGGGCGAACACAGACGCCCUCGUCGGCCGCGCCUGGGAAGCACUGGUGAAUACAUUUGCCGAGUGUCAUUAUGUUCUGCGACAAAAUGAAAAAGGUCUCCAUCCGCUUUCCCCCCCUGUGUUGACUUCACCCUCAAAGGUCGCGGCAACAGGAAGGCAGGGAGGUUCUCCUUCCAAAAGCCAAGUCGAACCGUUUCGAUCCAACGCGCUAACCUACCAACCUGUUCUUGCGCUCCCAUCCAGCGACAACCUGCUCCGAAAACUUUCCAGUCCAGGGAAUUCGCGAGAAAAUGGAUUCGUUAUCUCGACAGCUCUUGUCGGUAGGCAGGUUUGUGACUCUUUCGCUUGCGCCAGAUCUGCUAAAUCAGCAGCACUGCCUGACGGAUACCUCUGCAACCUUGGGGACGGCCAAGGCGGCGGUAGAGGCGGAAUUCCUGCUGGUGCUGAGGACGACAACCACGAAUGGAGGUCGACACAACUGUGCCGGAAACCCAGGACGCGCCGAGGUGUCCUGUCUGAAGCAAUGAUGUUAGACAGGCUAACGAAUCAACAAAUAGCGGAGAUCCAAUACGAAUUUGCCGCUAGAAAUGGAGAAGUGAACGUCGCGGAGUUCAUUCACAUUCUCGGGCGUCACCUCCGAGAUUCGGAAAAAACAGACGAGGAGUAUCUGACUAGAGGACCUAGAAAUAUCCCAACCAGUUUUGGUGGGGGGUCUUCGUUGGCUUGUCUUCCAGGCCCCACACAGAUUUCGAUCGGCGACGGACCAUCAGCGGAUACUGGAAUGAAGCCUCUGGCUUCAGUGCCCUUGACGAAAAUUCUCGGCAGUGAAGGAAAUCGAGACUGUGACUCUGUGUCCGGCGUCUGUGUGAGGGUCGCCUCACCUUGCAGAAAACGCAUGUCACUGAACCGGAGUCGGGGCAGCAUCUCUCACGAGACGGUGCAGCGAGAGCUGGAGGAAGCUGGACGGCUCACGGAGCUAUUUGACCUCAUCGAUGUCGACGAUACACAGAAAGUGUCCUGGGAGGCAUUCACAACCUUCGUUGUGGAUCGAGGGCGCAACGGAGAUGCGCUAAAACGCCUCCACAUGCAGCGAAUGGAAAAGGCUGACUUCCAUGAUACGCGAGUCCACGUGUGCGCUAUAGAGCGUCUCACCCCUGGGUACGACCCUGCCAUCGGGCUCGAUGUGGUUUUUUACUACGAGGAAGGAUCGAAGACAGUUGAACUCGUGGAUCCUUUUCUCCAGCCUAUCCAGAACCAGCCGCCGCUGCAGCGAGCGUUCAACAUCACCGCCGUGGCGUACUGCCCUCUCGUCCAUCACCUCGUGAUCGCCGCCGCGGACUUGUCUUUGACUUUUUACGACCUAACGGGAACCCUUGUGGGACAGAAUGCGAGCGACUGCGGCGAAGCGACAUCAAACAACCGGGCAGAUAUCCCUCGGUCAGGAAGUACAAGACCAACUGCCAGUGUAGGUACCGCGGCAGACAGCACAACAGCGGACUCUUCUCUCUUCUGGCGCGUAACUCGAACGUUCAAAACCCGAACCUCUCAAAUUGUCUUGUUUCCUUCCGCCUCUCGUCCGUGGAUAUUCUCUGCAGACCACGAGGGAUCCAUCUACGCGUGGGACCUCGCGAAAAUUUGCGGGGGUUCUACGGGAGCAUCCUCGUCCUCGCGAGUCGCUCUAUCCCCCGACCCGCUGGCAUACGUCGGAGAAAAUCCUCGAAGUCGCGCAGGUGUAUCUGAAGCCCGUCCCAUUGACUUGUCCACUCUGAUCCCACCCGCAAAGGUCGAUGGGAUUCGUCCUCUUUAUCUACGUCGCCUGGCAAGAAGCAGCAGCUUGAGCCCGGCCACCCAGUCCACAAUUCGAGCUGGAGAAAACGCAAGUGGAGGGGUAAGUCCGUACGUUGACAGCGCCGGAAGGUCCGACCACGCGUCCGGUCGGAGCACCUGCAGAGCACUGUCUUCCUCUGGAGGGAACUCGGCUUUCGCACGACGCGUUAGAAGUGGGGACUUCGUUUUGCCUUGGUCGUCGGCAGCGUCGACUCAAAGUCCAGCAGCUUCGCAGUCAAGGCUCGGGAGACACAGCGCGUCGUGCACACGGCAGUGGGAGAGCAACCAGGGGGCGUCGUUGGUGGGAGAAAGCUCAGCAUCCGACGGUGUUUCGCUCUUUGAUUCUUUCACCAACGAGAACAGACCUUCGAUCGUCCUGGGCAGUCGCCGGCAGCGCAAGGUUAGCAGUCGGGAACAUACCAACUCGCUUGCCACUGGUGAGGCACCAGAGGAUCCACCGGAAAGCAGACCUAGAAGUCCUCUUCGAGAGACUUUUUCGAAGUCCCGGCCGUCUUCAGAAGCUUCUGGAAGCGACGGCACCGGCGAGGUGGCCUCACGGACUGCGGCCGCUUCCCCGGCUCACGAUCCGCUCGUCUUCGACGAAACACAAAGGGGAUCGCAUCCCUCUAGUGUUUGUGCAACAAACCGCAGUCGGACGGCGGGACUCUUUGAAUCGUCGAAUGGCGGAGUUAAAGUUUUUCGCCAGUCUCCGGGGUACACGAUUAGUCCUCAAGCCCCUGGAGGGCCACGUUGUCAGACAGGGGAAAUUUCCCCGAGUGCAAAAUCUGCAUCGUCGCCUCGACGGAAUGUCUGUCGCCUUUUCCAGGGGUCUCGAGCUGCAGGGAGUUCUAGCGCAGCGUCCCGCGUCUCCUCUCACGGCUUGCAGUCCUCUGCGAGUGGCGCAGCGCCGUUCUGUGGCAACCGAGGGACUUCGCCAGACACAAACUUUUUGUCUCGGCGCCUCGGCCACUCUGGCGGGGGCGUUGAAGGGAAUACGUCAAUUCCGCAGGAGCCUCAGUUCCAGUUCCUGCGCUGGAGGCAGUAUCGUGCACACGAUGACAUUGUGACAUCCUUCGAGGAGUUGGAGGUCAUGGAUUUGCUUGCAUCUUGCGGCAUGGACGCGAAAAUCUACCUCUGGGAUACAGAUAGCGGCGAGUUGAAACGCACUUUGGACGGCCACGUGAGAGGGGUGCGUGCGCUCUGUUUCGACGUCGAAAACCGUGUCCUUCUCUCUGGUGGCUUCGACUACAAGUUGCUGGCUUGGAAUCCAUACGUGGGAAAGAAACUCCACACAAUUCGCGGUCACUCAGCUCCGGUAGUCAGCAUCUGCAUGCUCGGCGCGCAGAGUCGUCAGUUUGUCUCUUUUGACUCAGAAGGCAUCGCGAAGGCCUGGGACCUGAGCACUUCCGCGUGUCUUCAGACGUUGGUGGCUGAGGAUCAGUCUUGUGUCAGAGCGGUCAUCGCCCUUCCACAUCAUCGCACGUUGCUGUCUGCCGGUCGCAAACUGGUUGCUCUCACUUACGGUCUGAUCCAAGAGGCUACGCCAUCGGCCGGCUCCGGCCGAGGUGCGAAGCUUGACUUCCAUCCUACAGCUCCGUCACGGGUACGCGGGCAACACUCCACAUGGGGCAGACAUCCUCUCGGCAUGACAAAGAGAGGCAAGGCGCAUCUCACUGGCGGCGGUCCUGACACCUCAGGCGCGCCAGUCCUCGCCAAAGCUGUCACUCACCUCGUCGUUCGGGUCCUUGUCACUGCUGCUGGGAGACACCUCCGCGUUUGGGAUCUCUGCACCGGGGCUCUCGUCUCUUCCAUCGAGCACGUCUGUGAAGAGGCGGACCACUGCAUUAGCGACAUUUGCAUGGAUGAAAAAGGCCGAAAGGUCUUUGUCGCCGACCAGCAAGGCUGCAUCUGCGCGUACAGUGUCUGCACAGGUCAGCUUCUUCAGCGCUUUACCAGCCACCGGUCUGAAGUCUCCCAGCUCUUGUACGUCGGCGGCGAGGACAGAAACCUCAUUUCAGUAUCCUGGGACCGCUCCAUCGUUAUCCACAACGAUGCUCCCGUCUUCCUUCCGAACAGAGUCAGUAGAGAAGGCCACUGUGCGGCCGAACCAACUACCUCGUCCACCCUGCCUUCUAGCCUGUUGCCGCCCGUUGUGGCCAGCCCCAAAAUCUGUGCUGGUGGAUCUGCUGGAAAGGACGCUGGUGACGAUAUCACGCGGACGAAUAUCUUUUCUUCGGACAUGCGCAAUGCCGGUCCAUGUCUGGCUUUGGACGGCGGCCAUGGCCAAAGUUUCGGCCCGGGGGCUUCAGUCCGCAGCAGCGGGAGAGCGCGUCCCGAAGCGUCUUGUCGCGGCGCUCCAGGAGAACAGAAAGACCUCGACCGAGGGCGGACUUCUCCACAGAAGGCCAGAUUUUCGUUUUCUGAAAGCGGAUCCAUGCCCACGCUUCCAAGAGUGGGGCAUAAUCCUGUCAGUGCGCACCAGGCACAGGGUGAGGGAGGAGUCUGGCGAAUAGUCAUGAACGCACACCUGGGAGAUGUGACGUGCUGCGCAUUCAGCAGGCGACUGGGUUUGCUUGCGACUGGCAGUUCAGACCGAGCAAUCUUUGUGUGGGACUACGAGCGUCUAAGACGCGUAACCAGCCUCUUUGGCCACAAGUACGAUGUCACAAACCUGUCUUUCAUCGAUCCUCUGCCACUCCUCUGUUCCGCUGACGUUGGCGGUACGCUGUGCAUCUGGGUGUUGCCCCCGCAUCCACAUGCCAUUCGAGUUCUUGAGACGAUUCCCUCACCGGUCCUAGGUCCACAGCCGGCGCUAGUGAGACAGACACAUUUCUUUGACCCAUACUUUCCUGCUGAUACUUCAGCGGAUCCCAUGCGCGACGUGGAUGUCCUCGGUGGAAGUGUGGCAGGUGCGGGAGGCCGCAGCAGAGAAGCCUGGAAAGAAAGCCAGGGGGUAACCUGGCAAGUGACGGAACAGAGGUUCGCGGGCCACAGACGUUUCUCUAUGGAAGAGCAUUCCGGUAAAGCAGUGGCGAGGGGUGUAGGGUCAGGAAAGGCUGUUGGCAGUGUGCAGGAGGCUUCGACGUCUCCGCGUGGCACCCCGAGACAGGCUCGGGACUCUUCAGAGGCUGCUAGAAUUUCGGCCCGCGAAAGUAGAGUGUCUUCUCCCCUCAACCACGCGUCUAGCGAAGGGCAGCGGUGCAGUCCUCAGCUUUCGGCUUCCACAGGCCUUAGCGAAGUUCCAGUUCAAAGUACAACUUUACCGAGUGCUGCAUCUUCCGCCACGGCUGGCCCGCCGCCGAGCAGCACCGCCAGAGGGAUUCCAGCUACAUUGCUGCUGCUGCGUAUUGUGGAUAUGGAACGCGUUGGGUCAGCCACACCUCUCACGGCUCUAGCUGUUUCUUGUCGCUUGAUCUCGGCUUCUUCCGGGGCUACGUGUCGACGCUGUCUUCGGUUCACAGACUCGAACGCAGUCACAGCCGUUCCAGAAAAUGGACAAAGCACAAACUCCGGCGGCAGUGCAGCUCCCAUGUCACAGAACGCAGUCGGAAUCGAUCAUGAAGGGAUAAUACCGAAGAAUUCAACGCUGGCUUCUAUUCAAGACUGCGAGAUGCGCCGAACGAGCUCAAGAACCGGACACGACGACACUGCAGACAUUCCUGGCGUUCCUCAUAGCACUACCUUCUUGACAAGUAGCGAUGGAAGUGAGCCCCCGGGAAGUCGACCCGAAGAAAAUUCGACGCCGGCUGACACAAAACCGUCCCCCUUUCCUGCAAAGGGAAGACAGCCUUGUGGCAACGCUCGCGACAGCGUUUCUCUACCACAAGCAGAGAAAAGCUCCCCUUCACAUGAUUUACUCCGCUCCAACUCGGAGGAGCUUGAAGGGGUGGGAGAAAUUCUCAUAUUUGUAGGUGAUGAACGAGGUCGAGUGCGUGUCUGGGAUGUAUCUGUGAUUCUAGCGCUCCUCCCAGGAACGGAACAGGUGGUGCCCAAAACAGACUGGCAGCCUCAUAGAGUGUAUCGAGGCGAUCUUCGUGAGAGCACGAUGGGUCUUUUCAAGCAAGUUGUGCAGCUGCGACGCGCAGCCCAGUUCCCCUACCACGGGUCGUCUAAUCAAGCAACUGGGACGCACGCCACCACAAGUCAAGCACGAUGUCGUUGGAACGAAAGCCCGCAGAGCGCUUCGUCUCGUAUGAAAGUUUCCACCGUGGGCGCGGGACGCGGAAGAUCGGAAUCUAGAUCGGGAACUCUUGAGGUCGACGUCGACGAUCUUCCUCCGGCUCCUGCUCGUGAAGAAAACAGCGGAGCUGGCGGUUUCCAAGAGGAAGUGCGUUCGUCUAAAGCGGGAGACACACGAGAGGUUGAUCAAAGAGAGAGAAAUGGCGGCGAGCUUGCACACUAUCGGAGUUUGGAGACUGUACCAAACAUGCGAAGAAACAGUGUACGGGCUCCUGGAGGUGUCACUGGCAGUCCAGAGGAGUUUUCCCGUGUAACGGGGCGGCUCUCUGUAGGUCCGGGGGGCGGAAGCAUCAGCGUUUCGUCGUCUGUUCCUCGCGUACCAGGUGGUGUGGACAUGUCUUCGUAUUUCCAGUACAACGUAGGCGAGGCAAGUGUGGAUCCUUUUCUGCUCCACGACGAAAUGCCGGCUUUGUUUCCGCGAGCACCUCUGAAGCUGAUUGGCAUGUGGAAGGCGCACAGCAAAUGUGUGAAGAGCCUACAGGUUCUUCAGCUGGGGAGCAACACUCCGCACAGAAACGAACGAAGCGGUAACGGACCUAAGACACAAUUCGGGACAUCGGACGAAGAGGCCGCCGAUGAAAAUCUACAGAUCAGCCCACGUAAACGCGGCUGCGGGUCUUCAACCUUUCGAGUUCUCUUGGCGUCGGCGGGCGAAGACGGAGCGGCUCGGAUUUGGGAUGUGUCGGGCCUUUCGCGAUCGCAAGGGGUACAAAGAAAACCUCUCCCCACGAUGUUUCUCGAUCUUGCCGAGGAGCGGCAGAAUGCAUCUGCAGUUGUCGCUUCUCCGUCGAAAGGCUGCUCCGGACAGGCCGUUCUGGAGAAUGGUUUCCACAUGAAGGUCUCAAUGGCAGACGAAUCCCACCCAAAGGCGCUGGAUACCGCUUCUUGUCUGUCCCUGGAAAACGCCAGGAACGUGUUGGCUCUGCCGCCUUCUGGCCGCGCGCCUUGUGAACCGGCAACGGCGAGGCAUGCCGGAGCGCAGCAGUUUCACUCGUCUCUCUGGGACUUCCGCCAAAGUGAGGGUGCGCCUUCUUUUGGGGCGCCAAGCUCUGCAAGCAGCUCCUGCGCAAGUGGCUCUUCGAGCUUCAGAUUUGCCUCAAAUUUACCCCUUUCAUCGGCCUUUGCAGACGAACCUGGCGGCUCCGUGACUUCGCAGGACCAGCCUGUGGUUCUCGUCGGGGACUUGCAAGCGCAAACAAGCAUGUCCCCGGGAGAGCAGACCGCAUGUGGAGGGAAUCUGAUGGUAGGCCAUGCAACCGCGUGGAACGUCGAUUUAGGCGAACUCGACGGACCGAGUUUCGGGACAGUUGCUGGAAACGGCACCGUCGCUCCUGCUGUCGGUGGAGCAAGGCGACUUCUUGAAACACACCUGCGUGUGAAAGAGCUUGCGCGCCAGCAACGGCUCGAAGAACAGCAAGCCUCUGUUCAGCUGGAGAGUUCUCUCCAGCUCGAAGUGCCCCAUCUCCUCUUGCCGGCUGGCGAAGAGUCGAACGACGAGGGAGACACGCGAAGGCGCCGAGACGGCCCCGGUGAGAGCCGAAAAACCUUCGACGACACUCUACUGCCCGAGGAAUACACUAUAGGACCGAAUGGGCAGGUCAUCCUCGGAGGAGGGAACUGGGUGCAGGGAGCAGACAAGGGAGGCGGAAUCUGGGCCGCCGUCUAUGCAAAAAGAAGGAGUCUUGUGGAAAGAACGGCCUCCUUCUAA